ACGCGGUCAUGUGAUACAAUAUUGCGGAAGUCCAGACCAAACGUCUUGUUUAACAAGUAGCUGUGUGAGAAUAACCGAAAGCUUAAGCUAAUUAUCAAAUAUAUCUUUUGUCGUCCUUAACAACAACUUAUGGUCAGGAUGACACAGAGGCACUGCCUGGAGGGCCAGGUAUACUCGGUGCCUCUCAUUCAGCCUGAGCUGAGGCGGGAGGAGGCUGUUCUUCAGAUUGCAGAUGCUCUCCUGUACUUGGAGGUUAUUUCAACAGACAUUUUCAGAAGGGUCUCGGAAAGCGUAGAGAAGAACCGGCGCCAGCUACAGAGUGUCUCUGACCGGAUCAGACUAGCUCAGGCCCGCGUCGACAAGAUUAAAGGGAGUAAAAAGGCCACAAAGGUUUUCUCCAGUGCCAAGUACCCUGCUCCUGAUCGGCUUCAGGACUACUCCUCUAUCUUUACCGGGGCCACUGACCCUUCCUCUCUAACCCGGCCUCGCCACAAGAUGCAGAAUAAACUUCGACCUUUUGAUGAGAAAGCCUGGCAGGAGAAGUUAACGCAUUUCCCAGUGUGCGUGAGCAAUAAGAAGAAGCCUGAGGACGAGACAGAGGAAGGAUUGGGAAGUCUGCCGCGGAACAUCUCGUCCGUCAGCUCUCUGUUGCUCUUUAACACCACAGAGAACUUAUAUAAAAAGUAUGUGUUCCUUGACCCUCUGGCUGGGGCAGUGACAAAAACGCACCAAACUCUGGAGACAGAGAAAGACCAGAAACCAUUUGAUGCUCCUUUGUCCAUCACAACGAGGGAGCAGCUGGAGAGACAGACAGCAGAAAGUUAUUUUUACGUGCCAGACCUGGGUCAGGUGCCUGAGAUAGAUGUACCGUCCUACUUGCCUGACCUUCCAGGUAUUGCAGACGAUCUGUCAUACAGCGCAGAUCUUGGACCUGGAUUCGCCCCGUCAGGACCCACCCUCAACAUCCCAGAGCUGCCCUCCUUCACCGAGGAGAGCGUUGCGCCAGGUACUGGCCUGCAAAAUAAUCUCCCACCACUCCCACCUCCUCCCCCACCCCCUCCCCCUGCGCUUACCCUCCCUGCCAUUACUCCUGCGGGAGCUCCUCCUCCUCCUCCCCCACCUCCACCUCCUCCUACCACAGACAGCCUAACAGAGGCUGCUCCGACGCCAAGCUCAGGCCCGGUAUCUGGCGCUCCGAGUGAGGUAGUCCAGGCAUCAGACGGUCGCGCCAGCCUGCUGGAGUCCAUCCGCAACGCCGGGGGCAUCGGCAAAGCCAAGCUACGCAACGUUAAAGAGCGCAAGAUGGAGAAGAAGAAACAAAAAGAGCAAGAGCAAGCAGUUGGAGCAGCAUCUAGUGGUGGAGACUUUAUGUCUGAUCUCUUCAAUAAACUUGCCAUGCGCAGGAAAGGAAUAUCAGGGAAGGGUCCAGCAGGUGGAGAGUCUGGGGAAACCCCCGCUGGUACCGGAGGCGCAUUCGCACGGAUGUCAGACGUCAUCCCACCCCCUCCCACCCCACACUCAACAAUGGAUGACGACGACUGGGAAGCAUAACAUUGACGGACAAUGAGCAACACGGGGAUAGCUUUUUAUUGAAGAAGUUGCAAAAUACAGAAUAAGCGAAUAGCCAAGAAAACAUAGAACAGCCACAAAAAUUUUAAUAACUUGAUAUUUUUAAUAAAUUCCACAUUUCUAGAGAAGCCUUGUUGUAAAAAACGGAAUUACAUAACAGCUGUGGAAAUAUUUACAUUUUUCUGUUAAGAAGUCAGAUGUUUCUCCAUCAGAGCUGUGGCCAACGUUGGUCUAGUAAUUACUUCAGUAGCAGUUAACAUAGAAAAUAGCUUUAAUCACUUUAAAAUCACUUAAACCCGACUUAAACCUGAGGACAACUGAGAACGCAUCAUGAAAAAUGGAAAACUUUACAUUUUUUAAAUUGAAAAUAAAAGAGAAACAAAAGAAAAA